AGGGAUCUCUGGAGAGGCGUUGCCACACACUGCCUUCACUGAGCUACCCGCAAAUCCUUACAUAUUUACAUACGUUGCGCACUCUUACCAAGCGUUGAUUUGCUCCAUUCGUUGUGAGUACUAGCUAAAGAAACACGGUUCUUAAGAAUGGCUAAUUUCAUUCACGUCCCGGACGAGGCUCCUCUUGUGCCCAAAAUAGAUGUGACCGUGGACGAAAACGACUACAGAUCCGGUGCACUGCAGCUAAUGAAAGAGCUCAGACCGAGCUGGAAGCCGUCCGAAAUUAAAAUGAAGUUUUUCACAGAUGGAAUAACCAACAAACUGCUCGGUUGUUAUGUGGGUGGAGUGAUGCAGGACGUGGUCCUCGUUCGUAUUUAUGGCAACAAGACCGAACUGCUGGUUGACCGGGAAAAUGAGGUGAAAAGCUUCAGAGUGCUGCAUGCGCACCGCUGCGCCCCACGCCUGUACUGUACCUUCAACAACGGCCUCUGCUAUGAAUUUCUGCAAGGCACUGCACUGGAGCCCGAGCAUAUUCGCAGCCAGUCGGUCUACAGACUUAUUGCGAGACAGCUGGCUAAGUACCACGCCAUCCAUGCCCAUAAUGGCUGGGUUCCUCGGUCUGACCUGUGGCUAAAGAUGGACAAGUACUUCACGCUUAUUUCCAAGUGCUUCAAGGAGCCUGAGCAGAAUGACCGGUUGAACGUGGAUGUCCCUGGCCCUCAGGCCCUCCGAAAAGAGCUGCUGUGGCUCCAGCAGAGCUUGUCUGUGCUGGGCUCUCCUGUGGUUCUCUGCCACAACGACCUCCUUUGCAAAAACAUCAUCUACAACCAAAGGGAAGGCAGCGUAAAGUUCAUUGACUACGAGUAUGCUGGGUACAAUUACCAAGCCUUUGACAUUGGGAAUCACUUCAACGAGUUUGCCGGCCUGAAUGAAGUGGACUAUAGUCACUACCCAGACCGGGCCUUUCAGCUGCAGUGGCUGCGCUCCUACCUGGAAGCUUAUAAGGAGCACAAAGGCUGUGAGGGUGUGGUCACUGACAGAGAGGUGGAGCGUCUCUUUGUUCAAGUAAACAAGUUUGCUUUGGCCUCGCACUUCUUCUGGGGCCUCUGGGCGCUCAUUCAGGCCAAGUUCUCCACCAUCAAUUUUGACUUCUUGGGAUAUGCAGUUCUGCGCUUCAACCAGUACUUCAAGAUGAAACCAGAAGUUUCUGCGCUGAGUCUACCAGAAUAAAAGUCACCAACGACUUUCCUUGUCCUCCUGCAGUCUCCUACCAAGCCUUCUGCCCCUCCUAAGACAGCUAUAGGGAGCCCCCUAGAGGUGGAGAACGGCCAGACUUGAAAUUCCUGUUUGGUUUCCAAUGUCCCAUUACUACUACUACUUACUACUACUACUACUACUACUACAACUACAACUGAAUGGACCACAAUGUUACAUACAUCUGUAUAUACUUCACCUGGCCUCAUCGCUAAUGGUUUUGUAUCAUUUCCAGUUUAGAUGAUAUCAGUAGAUCAGAAUACUGUACCUGUAAACGGCUCUCAAUACCUCAGUGUGUGAACUGUGACGUGAAUGGAACUCCUUCACAGCAGAUGAAGCUCAGAGCCAUCUCUGCUAAGUGGCACAAUUGUGACCACUAGUGAUGCCCUUGGCUCUAGGGACAUGGCUCCGUUGAGCUAAAAGCUAUCAGAUCAUCUUGACUUUGAUUACACCCGUGCUGUGGCGGGUGCUGCACCAGCGUAGCCAUAAAGCUGCUGUAGUAGUUGACUACCUAGGGUUGAUGAAAGGUUUAUUUGUAGGAGAGCGUCUCGUGUUUACUUAUUACCUCCUUAUUGAGUAAAGACUUGUUUCACUGGAUAGCCAUUUACCUGGAGGACUGGGUUCACUCUAAUGUAAAUUUUAUAUCUACUUUGGACACUUGGGUUAUUUUUUAUUAUUAUUAUUAUUAUUAAUGAAGUGCACCUCACUGUAAGCAGAACAUUCCCCGUUCAGAAAGUCGUGCAGAACCCCCGUCUGCACUGGCACCGUAGGUCAGUAACUGUAGGGUGUUUUCCUUCACUGUGAGACUAUUGCAGUGGUUUUUUUAGACCAGACCAAAUCCUUACACAGACUUCUCCCUUUCAGGGAACGUUUGGGAACAUUUACCACUCCUUAAUCACAAAUUCAUUGUCAGGAUGUCUGAGCUAAUGCUGGUCUGGUGUUGGGUGCAGAAUAGUCAAACUAUUCUCGUGAGCGGGGGAAGAACAAUCGAAGUGACGAUCUGAAAGUGUUAACGUGACUUAUAUGUUGUUGUUUUUGUUUAAUCAACUGCAUAUUUUUAAAACCUUAAGCUCUUGGUUUUCUAACAAGCCUACACCAAAGUGCUGCAGUCUUGCUUUUACAUCAUGCACUCCAUUAGAAUUAGAGAUGAGCAACAACGGUUUUUGUACUUUUGUAGGUUAAAAUGUCAUUGAGGGUGUGAACGUGUUUAUUGGUCCAAAAACAAGACAAAAAAAUCAAAUAAAACAUAGGAUGUAGCAAAGCCAACAUGUUUACUCCUGAAGCAGCAAAAGCUUUGGGAGGUUCUUGUUGAUAUUCCUGCAGAUCACCAGUGAAGGAGCGGCUCUGUAAGGGCCGGCUCGUUCCUGUGAAAGCACAUUUUGCACUUCUGUAGGGGAGUUAGACGCUUAAAGCCUUUAACUGUUUUUAUUUAUUUUUUUUGAUAUUGGUGAGAUAGAAGAGGCGGUUUGGGACAAAUCUGAUGUAAAUUAGAAAUGAUGGCAUGUAACUUAUGUUCAAAGUAGACGGAGAGAUGAAUGGAUGAACACACUUGUGUUGGACGGGCGUUCUGAAGGGAUCUGUGAAAGUUUAUAGGUUCUCAAUCAUGUUUACACUCAACGUUCAUGUUUUUAUUCUUAAAUUUAUCUAGAUGAUUAUAAAGAUUUGUUCUAGAAUAUGAAGGUGAAAGAUUUCUUUUACAUCCAUCUGGCACAGGUAGAUAAAGUAAAUAGGAUCAAAGUGAUUUUAGUUCUGAUAACAUAAAUCAUAGCUAGGUUUAAAUUUGUUUUAAGCUUUAAUAUCCUUGCAUCACUCUGAUCACUGUAACAUGUGUAUAUGCACAACAAGCUAAUGUAAAGUAACCAGCUUGUUCUAUUGUGAAUGAAUGUAAAUAAUGGGAGUUCUGUUUGUUCUUUUUUAAAAGUUGCAUUAAUGUGAAUGCCUGGUUUAAGAGGUUACAUUAGAAAAUGUAAAUAUGCUUUUAUUAAUAAAGUUUAUUUACCUGUAAGAA